AUGAUCUUCACCAACACCCUCAGCCUCGUCUUGGCCCUGGCACCAGCCACCAUCUUCGCCGCUCCCAGCCAGACCGUCGACUCGAUAGCAGCUUUGAUCCCAAGGCGGGACAUCCCCGCGGUCAUCUACAAGGAGCUGUUGAAGACAGACUCACUAUGUGAUCUAUCCAACGUUGCUCUCCCUGCUGCACCCACCCCCCUCGCGGCCCCCGCAAAAGGCACAUCCCUCCGGCACAUCGCCAUCGGCCGGGGCACCCAAAACUACACCUGCGCCGACUCCUCCUCCUCCACCAUCCCCAAAGCCACCGGCGCCAUUGCCACGCUCUUUAACGCCACCUGCGACGCCGCCCGCCUCAACGUCAACAUCCUCGGCCAAGUCACCGAUCUCGCACUCAACUACGCGAUCCCCACGUCCGCAGAGGCAGACCAGCGUCUCUCUGGCCACCACCAGUUCACCGCCGCGGGCGUCCCUCUGUUCAUGCUUGAGACUGACAAGAACGACUUCGGUCGUGUGGAGUGUGCUGUUAAUGCGAAGAGUGCUGCGCCCGCGACUGCGACCAAGGGGACGAAUGGUCUGGGUAGUGUGCCGUGGCUCAAGUUGAACGCUACGGUUACGACUGAGGGCCAGGCGGCUUGGGCGUACAAUGAGGUUUACCGGAUACACACUGCGGGUGGUAUGGCGCCUAAGGACUGCAGUGGGAUUGAGGGCAGUUUUACAGUGGAGUACAGUGCGCAGUACUGGUUUUACGCUUAA